AUGGCCUUUGAACAAGGUACUCCGGACAGAGUGCCCCAAGACCAGCCAAACCCUGUGAUUGUCGGCCCCGGUCUGUCCGCCUUGGGCGAAGGCGCAUACAAGAAAGCCUCCACUGCGACGCCCGCGGUCGUCGCCGACGGAGCGGUCAGAGACAACACCCCGUCGUACUUCUCCGACGUGCCUGGAAAGGGGACCACCAGCACCAAAGAUGCCUACGUGAACUCGUCUACGAAUCCCGCACAUGCUGCCUCAGGCGACUCGUCAGGUCCUGCUCUUCUCCGACGACUCAGCCUGGUGGGAGGUGCCCACCUGACUCCCGCAACCCCUAUGUCGAAUGCCAUGGCCGACCAUCCUGGCCUCCAAUUGACGGGCAGGAUUAUCAGCGCGGCUUUUUGUAUUCCAUACAAAGUCGUCCAUCAUCCGGGCGCCGAUUGGGAACUCAAACCCCGUCCCGGUAUGUCCGCUUUGUUCGACUCCUUUGCCCAUCUCGCUUCUACCAAGUCGGUCUGGAAGCAUCUUCUUGUCGGCUGGACCGGGGAGGUGGAUACGGUCGCGGACGAACGCUCUCCUUUGCAGCCUAUCACGGGAAACGGCGCCAGUGCUGCGCCGCUGCCUGUGAAUAAAGCUGCGGCGCCUGUCCCAGUCGAUUCGACCCAGACACAGCCUGCACAUCCGUUGGUUGAAGGAAUAAAGCUAUCUAUAGACGACCGGACGCGUCUCGAAUCCCAAUUGCAGAAUACCAGAUAUGGCCCGAUCCACCCGAUCUGGGCCACAGCGGAAUCCGAUGAGCCCGAGGAUGAUAUCACAUUGAACGACCAGUCCCGAUGGAGGCGCUAUGCCGAGCGCGAGCUAUAUCCUCUCCUCCACUACAAGCAAAAGGGACCCUCGGAUGGACGCUCUGAGCGGAAAUGGUGGGCGGAUUAUUUGCGGUUAAAUCGGCUGUUUGCCGACCAGAUUGCGCAGGUUUACCAAGCUGGGGACAUUGUUUGGAUUCACGACUAUCACCUCUUCCUUCUACCAAGUUUGUUGAGACAGCGGAUUCCCAACAUUUACAUUGGCUUUUUCUUGCAUGCGCCCUUUCCGAGCAGUGAAUAUCUACGUUGCCUGGCUAAGCGGAAGGAGGUCCUCACAGGCGUUCUUGGAGCAAACAUGAUUGGUUUCCAAACUUACUCAUACUCAAGGCACUUUUCGUCUUGCUGCACCCGAGUUCUCGGGUUUGAUUCAAAUUCCGCUGGUGUGGAUGCCUACGGAGCGCAUGUGGCAGUGGACGUUUUCCCGACUGGUAUAGACGCCCAGAAUGUCCAAAGAGCGGCAUUUGGGUCCGAUGAAACGGAAAGCGUUGUUCAAGGUAUCAAGAAACUCUACGGCGGCAAAAAAAUCAUUGUCGGCCGAGACCGGCUUGACAGUGUGCGAGGUGUGGCGCAGAAAUUGCAAGCGUUUGAAACAUUUCUGGAAAAGUACCCUCAAUGGCGAGACGAGGUUGUUCUUAUACAAGUAACCAGUCCGACGAGCAUGGAGGAGCAGAAAGAGGACCCUGAAAACAAAAUCGGGAGCCAGGUAUCGAACCUGGUGUCGACGAUAAACGGUCGAUUUGGAUCCCUAAGCUUCUCGCCUGUUCAAUACUACCCUCAGUAUAUUUCUCCAAAAGAGUACUUUAGUCUGCUGCGCGUCGCCGACGUUGGGCUCAUCACCAGUGUUCGUGACGGUAUGAACACGACGAGUUUGGAAUAUGUGCUCUGCCAGCAGGGCAACCACGGGCCUCUAAUUCUAUCAGAGUUUUCGGGCACCGCGGCAAUGCUGCCAAGUGCAAUUCACAUCAAUCCCUGGGACAUGAGUGGAGUCGCAGCGGCAAUCGACCGGGCCUUGAGCAUGAGCGACGAGGAAAAGGCAGACCAGCAUAGCAAGCUCUACAAGCACGUCACAUCCAACACAGUGUCGAUGUGGUCGCAGCAAUACAUCCACCGCCUACUCACCAAUUUGUCUUCUUUUGACCAGUCAAUCGCUACCCCGGCUCUAGACCGAUCCCAGGUUCUCAAGCAAUACCGCAAGGCGAAGAAGAGACUCUUCAUGUUUGAUUACGACGGAACGCUUACUCCGAUCGUCAAAGACCCUCAAGCCGCCAUCCCAUCAGACCGCGUUCUACGAAACAUUAAAAGUCUGGCCGCUGAUCCGAGGAACGCCGUGUGGAUUAUUAGUGGGCGAGACCAGGCCUUCUUGGACGAAUGGAUGGGCCACAUCCCCGAACUGGGACUGAGCGCAGAACACGGCUGUUUCAUCCGCAAACCGCGCAGCGACGACUGGGAGAACCUGGCCGCCCAGUUCGACAUGGCGUGGCAAAAGGACGUCAUGGAAGUGUUCCAGCACUACACCGAGCGUACCCAGGGCUCGUUUAUCGAGCGCAAGCGCGUGGCUCUCACCUGGCACUACCGCCGGGCCGAUCCAGAGUACGGCGCGUUCCAGGCCAAGGAAUGCCGCAAACAGCUAGAAGACACGGUGAUGAAAAAGUACGACGUCGAGGUCAUGGCCGGCAAAGCCAACCUCGAAGUCCGGCCGACGUUUGUGAACAAGGGCUUUAUCGCGACGCGCCUGGUGAACGAGUAUGGCGUGGGGCCAGGCGAACCUCCCGAGUUUGUCUUGUGUUCAGGAGACGAUUUCACAGAUGAGGACAUGUUCCGUGCCCUCCGAAACUCUGAUCUUCCAACCGACCAUGUCUUUUCCGUCACCGUCGGUGCCAGCUCAAAACAGACGCUGGCUAACUGGCAUCUCCUUGAACCAGCAGAUGUGAUUGCGACGAUUGGAGCGCUUAAUAACAGUUCGCUCGAUACGGAGUAUUAA